UAUUUCUCCAUUUCUGCAUUAUAUGACCGAUAUUUUACUAUUAACUUUAUUUUAGACCUGUCUGUUCUGCAUACAACAACAAAAAGUACAAAAAUAUAAAUUAAAUGUCAAGAAACAAACGUAAGCGCGCGCGUGAGCUUAAAAGUUCGAUCUGCGCAAGGCGCACGAGCUUAUUUAAAGUUUCGUGUCGUGAUUACUUCCAUAACUGUACAAUUCUAAAUAUGGUCGUCGAGCUGUGCAAUUAAAGCACCAAACUAACUACUGAGAUGCUUUACAUGUCGACUGUGCCGCAGUAGUCGCGUAAACGCUAGAACGUCCAGGACGCGUAUUUCUCUAGUCGCAGUGCGAUCUAUAUCAGUCGUGAACUAUUUGUUAGCGUGUUACCUUGGUCAAGAUUAAAAUCUCUAAUAUUAAAAAAUAAUUAAUAUUGACAGGUAUGCAUACUAUCUAAAUAUCUAUAGGAUACUAUCGAUAUUCGAUGUAUUAUAAAAAAAAUAACCGAUAUAAAAAAUUAAGUUAUAUUAAUAGUAGAAACUCAAAUUGUAAAUUUUGAAGAGAUAGUCUCCACUUGAAUUUAAAUAGUUAGGUAUAAAUUUUGUAAGACUCUCCAUUGCAAAUGGUACCUUAGAUUAAUCAUAAAAAGUUGAAAGUGAAAAUCAUAUGAAGAUGACAGGCAACCAAAUGUCAUAAUAAACGGUGGUGGAUUUACAAAGAAAAUUUUGUGAAAGAAAAAAGGAUUUGUCAAUGAUUCAAACACCAAUCGACAUAAGAUUAAUAACGUAUCGAUUAGCGAUUUAUCGCUACGCGAUAAAUGUAAAUGUAAAUGGGAUGUAUAAAAUGAACUCGAAACAGAUAAUUGAUUGACAUCGCGCGCACGUUGACAGUACAAUUGAAAUAAUCGAAUAAUGGAAAAUAGCGGUCAUGAUCGUCGAAUUUAGCGAUAAGCAUUCAUUGAUGAUAUCACGCAACUCCAAAGACACUAAUUCCAGAAACGGUGGUGUGACAAAUAACGUUAAUAGCGAUUGCAGAGAAGGACGAUCCUGCAAGUCCGCACUUCUAAAUCGAAAAUACAUCGCUUCCGACAAUUCCCCGAACGUUCUAUCUCUUGCAAACGAUAAAAUAGGUGUUGCCAAGCAUGAUUCCGAACUAUACCACUGGAAAAUUACCACAGACAGAGGCAAUAACACAGCCGUGUUGCACAAGAAAAGCGAGUCAGAGCGGUGCGCGCUUUCAGAAAACGUGGAAGAAACGUCAAAAAUCAAGAAAAGAAAGCAGAGAUUUUUAACAAUCUGCACGGCAACCUGCAAAUACAACGUGGUUAGAAGGGUGGCUGCGCGAUUCGGGAUGAGAGAAGUUACGGAGGACAGCAGCUGGGAUCUUUAUUGGACCGAUCUGAGUGUUCCCAUAGAACGUGCUAAAGACAUGAAGAGAUUUCAGAGAGUCAAUCAUUUUCCUGGAAUGACAGAAAUAUGUAGGAAAGAUCUUCUCGCUCGUAAUCUUAAUCGCAUGCAGAAACUGUUCCCGAAGGACUAUAACUUCUUCCCAAAAACUUGGUGCUUUCCCGCAGAUCACGGCGAUGCAAUGGCUUAUGCUAAAACACGGAGGUCGAAAACCUUCAUUAUUAAACCGGAUUCAGGCUGCCAAGGACGCGGUAUUUACCUAACGAAACAUUUAAAGGACAUCAAACCAAGUGAACGUUUGAUCUGUCAAGUAUACAUCGCAAGGCCUUUCUUAAUAGAUGGAUACAAAUUUGAUCUACGUAUUUACGUACUAAUCACGUCAUGCGAUCCUCUCAGGAUCUACGUGUACAACGAAGGACUCGCGAGAUUUGCAACGAGCAAAUACAAGGAACCAACCGGUCACAAUACAACUAACAUGUUCAUGCAUUUGACAAAUUAUUCCGUUAACAAGCAUAGCCGAAUGUAUGUCAUCGAUGACGAAAUUGGCAGCAAGAGAAAAAUAUCGACGUUAAAUAAAUGGCUAAAAACGAAAAAUAUUGAUGUGGAUGAUUUAUGGAGCAAGAUCGAUGGAAUUAUAAUAAAAACCAUACUCGCCGCGUAUCCUAUAUUAAAACACAGUUAUCACGCGUGUUUUCCGAUGCAUGAUAAAACUUAUGCAUGCUUCGAGCUGCUAGGAUUUGACAUAUUACUCGAUUGGAGACUUAAACCUUACCUUCUCGAGGUAAAUCACUCGCCAAGCUUUCAUACAGAUGCACAAAUAGAUAAAGACGUAAAAGAAGGAUUGUUGAUGGAUACCUUUGAUAUAUUAAAUCUGCAACAAUGCGACAAGAAAAAAAUAAUAGAAGAAGAUAAAAAGCGAAUCAGGGAGCGACUUCUUCAAGGCAUAAAUGGAAAAGAUUUCAGUCAAACUAAUGAUACGACAGCUUCAACGAAAUCUGUGAGGAACGAGAACCAUUAUAUGCAGAGACAAUUUCAGUGGGAAGAGGACCAUAUGGGUAAUUUCCGAAGAAUUUAUCCGUAUUUUAACGAGGAUAAGUACCAGCCUUUCUUCACGCAGACUAUGCUUUCCGUUUUCCAAGAUACGGUGGCAUCGAGAGCGCGAGAGGAAGCGUCGAGAAUAGAGAGGGAAGAGAACGAACUGAAAGCAAAAGAGGAAGAACGCAAACGAGUAGUCAGGAAAUGGAGCGAGCCGAAAUUAGGCUCUGAAAGUUCGAAUGCGUCGAAGAAAGUGCAAGAGAAGAGCAAAUCUGCAGGCGUACUAAGGAAAAACAUCAAUAAGCAGGACACACAAGGACCUCCUGCCAACGCGUUAUACUCCUUCGAGCCUGAAAUCAUAUCUGAAUCCGAGGAAAGGGAACGAAUAACGUCCCUGGCACAGAGGGAUUUUCUCAUUAAGAGUUACGGUAUGCUCGAACAGAUAUAUAUGGCGAUGAAGAAGAACGGCACGCUACGACCUGCCGACGAGAAAAAAUACGGAUUAUAUGGCAGACUCGGACUACAUGCAAACACGAAUCACAACACGUCUUCCUCUGCGAAUAAGCUCCAUCAUCGCCAAAAUAACUGUACACAUGUCACGGACCAAUGUUCGCUGAAAGGAAAUAAUCAUAAGAUUGCGGAACGCGAAUUCAACAAUUUAAACAGAAUUUCGUGGAUCACUUGUAAUGAAGCGCUUGUUUACGUUCGUCCAAAAAUACCGCAAAAAUUAUGGAUGGAGGAUACGAAUUCUACUAAUAAGAAUCGUGUAACAAAAGCUCACGUUGCUCGAACAUUAUCAAAUACUGUACGAUUGCAUACCCUGGAAAGAGAGUCUUUUCAUUCAUCGAAAUCAAAAAUUAAUAUUGCCACCAAACACUAAAGAUAAAAUGGAUUUUUUGGAAAAUAAAAAAGAAAGUGAAAUAUAUCUUAUAACAAAAA